AUGCUCGACAGUCCCGGUGUGAUGAGGCUCAUGGCAAUAGUCAGCGAGUGGCGACGGCGCGAGUCGGUCAGUUGUCACCACGCACCGGCCUUGACGCAUGCGCAGCAUCACUUGCCACCGGAACCACUUUCGGGACCGUGGAUAACUUGCCGGAGUGUUGGUGUGGCCUCCUUGCUGGUGCUGUUCCUCAGCCACAGAUUCCUCAACCACAGCCCCCUAACCAACCACAGCCACCUAACCAACCACAGCCUCCUAACCAACCACGGCCCCAGAAUCCACCACCACAUGCAGGGGGCUAAGACAAACAAGCCACCAGGCGUCCUCUUAGAUAUAAGGCCUCUUUCCUCGUCUUUAUCUUAUUCUUCAGUGUCUUCAGGUAUUCCACAUUAUCAAAAUGUAAAUCAUCCUUGAGAAGCUUACUAAUCAUCUGCGUGGCAUGUGAAAAUAUUGAUCAGGGGAGAACGAAACGUUUGAAAACACUGACCUCGGGGACAGCGACUGGGAUCGUUCGAGGGAGCAUCAUCAUCACCGUCACUAUCAUUGUCACCACCACGAGGGGGCAGGCACUUGGGCUGACAGGAGGCCACAGCAGGUCCAGACACCUCCUAUGCUGCGGGCGGAUGUGACUAAACGGCUGACCUUUGCCGAUAUCCUGUAGGGGACACUCACUGCAGGCGUCCCAGAAUGUGACGUUGUGCACUGAUGAGGCGGAGCAGGGCGAGAGAUGGGAAUCGUAUGGGACUGGGAACGAGAGAAGAGGCAGUGAUAAGAGGAUAAACAGUAAUACGAGAAGCGAUGGGAAACGGGGUUAAAUGGCGGAAAUGCUGAGGAGAUAGGAGGGGAGUGAGCAGUGCACAGCUGACAGGAGGGAGAGGAUGGUGUGUAAGGUGGUGCCAGUACGCAAUAAGGCGAAGGGUAGGAAGGGCGAGAGGGAGAGGUGAAGGUGGUGACAAGACUAACUCAGCAGUGGGAAUAUUUGAUGACUGAGCUCACCGUGUAGGGAACAGCAAUACCGCUUGUUCUUUACGAAGGCCGUGUUUGAAGCUUUAAGCCCAUUGGGGGAGCUAGAUAGAUGAAUAGAUGUUAGAUAGAUCAAUGAAAAGAUAGAUAGAUAGAUAGAUAGCGAAAAAGAGAUGACGCCCUCUGGCAACAAGAGGUAAAAUAGAUAGGAUCACUCAAUCUAGUUCGUAUUCUCAAGCAUUAUGGUGUAACUGCGCCUCUAGUGGUCAUUACUAAGGCGUUUUCAUAAUUCUAGCGGUACCUCAAUAAACAUAAGUGAAACCAUUGUUGUUUUCAAGUGCCCUUUCAAGAUUUCACUGAUAGUCUAACAAGCUUACAUGGAAAUUAUUAGUGUUUUCAAAUGAGAUAAGCUAGAUAACUUAAAAUGUGUCCUGUCUAAUAUGGAAGAUCACAAAACAUCAACAACACCAUGUCAAAUAACUUCCACUGCAGCCUGUUUGGCACGAGAGAUAAGAUAAAUAACGUCCACUACAGGAUGUGCGACGUAAGAGAUCAGAUAAGGAAAAGGUUUAGGAAAGCGUGAUUCAUACACAGACUUGUAAGAUCGACUGGCUCUUCCCCACAGCGUGUGAGUGGAAGAGAAAGGUUAGGUUGGCGAUCUUUUGACACUAAUCGCCUGCCAGUCAAAGCAUGAUAGCAGGUGGCGAGGCGUCGCUGAGGGAUAAGAGGGAGGAUGGUGGCGGACAGGCAGACGUGUGUGUGUGUGUGUGUGUUAGACCAAGGCCGCGAGAUGUGCUGCUUUGGUGUGUGUGCGUGUGUGUGUGUGUGUGUGUGCAGGACGAGAAGCAUGAGAGGAGAAUGAAAAAUAGGAUGAAACGUUUUGAGAGAGAGAGAGAGAGAGAGAGAGAGAGAGAG